UCAGGCCAAGACGUGGUUCGAACAGCACGACCAGCACUGAGCGAGGGUCGAAGUUCUCGAGGUCGCCUCCCACACUUCGCAUGCCACAAUCAUCCCCAGAUGGUAGCAGCUUGUCCAGAAGAUCCCGUUCAGUGACUCCAAAACCAUUAACCUCUCCCACGAUACCCCGCCAAAUGACACCUCCUAUCGAAGAACUGUCAGCCUCUUCUUCCGAUUCUACCUCUUCGUCAGGCCAUCCCACUGGUUAUCGCACCGUGCAAUCGCUACGAAAAAUACUUGAUGAGCAGCCUUCUUCUCUCUCACUACCCAAUUCGGCGAGUAGUAAAGGCAAACCUAAGCACCUCCGUGCCCCUUCUUUCUUUCCCCGUUCGCCUCCCCCUGCUCCAUCUUCUGGCACGUCAACUGCCACAGCAUCUGUAUCACGGCUCUUUACCAAAAGUCGACAUUCAUCUUCUACACGUCCACCCUCACCGCCAGCUCAUUCUUCUCUGAAAGUGAGAUCGGUCCCCCCCACUCCUGCGCCAUCACCCACGGCAUUGAGUCUUCCAGAGAUAUUUGGAAACGGUGUCGCCAAAGCAUUGGGUAGUACACCGUCCUCUGGUGUAUCGACUCCAAAACGAAUCAGUUUCGCAGAGCUUCCUGAAUCAUAUGCCAAGUCAAGGCCAGAGGGUGCUCCCUCUAAAUUCAGCGAUAAGAAGGCGCGUAGCAAGAGUAGAAAGAGUAAAGGCAAGAGAAAGGGGGACCGUCAUCAGGAGAACGAAUCGUCUGAUUCGGGCAGUUGGUUCUCCGGUUGGCUUUUGGGAGGGGCUGCGACGGGCAUGACUGUAUCAAAACAGGAAGAUCGGAUAGCGAGGAGUUGGGGGAAUCGACCAGGAUUCGGGACGCUGGAUGACUGGGCGGUCUAGCCUGGUUUGGGAGUUUUCUAUUGUUAGCUUGCUGCUGGAUAACUUAUAACUUUGGUUGGUUGUUCUAUACAUCUAGCCUCGGUGGAGGAUAUCUAUUGUUUUUAUAUCUACUACUACUGUUGAUCACGACUCGUUACGACUUUGUCUCGUUGUUUCUAACAUUCAUUCACUUGACUCGUGCUACUUUGGAUUUGCUGGCUCAUCUACUUGGACUGAUGCUCAUAUAUACUCACCACUACUGUCUCAAUACUGUUCAUGGCGUGUAUCACGACUCUAUUCUCGAGCUUGACUGGUGUUUUUAUAUAUCACUCACUUUAUAUAUCACUUGAUUUUCUGACUGCUUA